CCCGCGCACAAACUCGCGUCGCAUGUCGCAUGCGAAUUGCGAACGAUUCCGAAUAUUCCGAUCGGCUGCUACGCUACGCUUACGGACAGCUACGGAGUACGGAGUACGGUUCGUGUUUGGCCGUCAAGGUCGAGAUGUCGGCGACGAUGACAGCCAAGCUUCAGGACGACAUGAACAGCAUACCUCUGGCGGACGACGAUCCUCAAGUGAUAAUACCAGAAGAGGAAAUCUUGGACAAUGCCUCGCAUAUAUCUGAUCCGCUAGGCAGAGGACGUAGCAUGGAUUCUCUUCCAUCGACAUUUACCAAUGGAAGCUGUAGUCCUAACAGCUUAGAUCCAGAUAUUAGUCCAGAUGAGCAAGAAGAGAAAGCUAGAUUGAUUGCACAGGUUCUUGAACUGCAAAAUACUUUAGAUGAUCUGUCACAGAGAGUGGAUAGUGUGAAGGAGGAGAAUCUCAAGUUGAGAAGUGAGAAUCAGGUUCUGAGCCAAUACAUUGAGAAUUUAAUGUCAGCUUCGAGCGUGUUUCAGUCGACAAGUCCCAACACCAAGAAGAAGUGAACCCGUAUUGAUUAAAUAAAUUAGACAAUUCAUGAACAAGCUACAAGUCGUAAAUAUGAGUGAUCUUGAAGUAAUUGUGAUUGUUUUGAGUGUUUUGGAAAGUAUGUGAAUGCGCAUUUAACUCUUUAUUGCCCUCGUUCAGCUAACAAACGUCAGUGUCCUCGUGUUAGCCUUGCGCCGCACUUGUAUGUAUUGUCACUGUAUUAUAGUGUGAUGUUGCCACAUAGUUUUCUCAGAUCAAGUACCACUUUCAACAUCUGUUAAACUCUAACCGACUAUUGACUGUUCAGAAUAGUCAAUAGAAGUUGGCUAUUCUGAAAAAUUAAUAAUCGAUUAAAGAUUAACAGACAUUGGAAAUGGUGACCUCUAAACAUAGUUUUGUAUGAACAAGAGGAUGAAAUAUCGACCGGUACAUCAAUCUAAAACAAUAAAACUUGCAUUUGGUAACAGCAUGAGUCACGUUGACUCUACGUAUUUGCUCUUGACAUGAGCGCUGCGCAUAGAUAUAUCACACAUUAUCGCACUUUCAAAGUCUAAUCUAAAAAUUGUACUAACAAAAUUUUGGAAAA